AUGUCAGCCGACACAAUCAGUAACCCNCCUCAGCCUGCCGGCGAGUCCAAGAGCGCUCGCAAGAAGCGUGAGAAGGCCGAAGCCGCUACUGCUGCUCAAGCCGCCAGCCAGCCUCAGCAGGACAGCGACGGCCAGAAGACCCCCGACCUUGCAGACACCAACGGCGAUGCCUUUGAGAGCUCCUACGUCAAGGAAUUGCAGAAGUGUGUUGCGUGCUUUUCUAUCUUAUAG